AUGCUUGGCUUAGUCCCAACCACCACAUACCUCAUCCCCGCCACCACCAUCCUCCGCUCCUCUUCCGCUUCCAAAUUACCAUAUUUACCCUCCGCCGCCACAUCCCGCACCCGCCGCCGUCAGCUCGCCGAAUGCCGCGUGUCCACCACCUCCUCCUCCUCUUCGCCUCUCUCUUUAAACCCUAAACCCUCGUCUUCUAACCAGUUCCUCCUAAACCUUGCCAAAACCAUCGCCGGCGCCACCACCGUCACCCUCAGCUUAAACCUAAGCUACUUCCCCUCAUUCUCCGGCGGAGGAAGAAGUUCCGGUGGCCGAGGCGGAGGCGGGGGAGGUCAUGGUUCCGGCGGCGGCGGAGGAUUUUGGAGGAGGCUUUUCUGGCUGCAUGCGGCGAAAGCCAACGAGCGGAAGGACGAGUCGUACGACUCUCACGGCUUGCCGGCCAACAUUUUCGUCCAGCUCAGCCGCCUCAGCGGCUUCAAGAAGUACAAGCUCUCGGAGGUUCUGUUCUUCGACCGGAGGAAGCGCAGCACCAUCUCCGCCGACGACCCCUUCUCCGCCAAUCUCUCCCUCCGGCCAGGCGGCUUCUACACCAAGGCGGAGCUCCAGAGCGAGCUGGAAUCCCUGACCAGUUCGGGAAUGUUCGACAAGGUCGACUUGGAAGCCAAGACCAAUCCGGACGGCACCCUCGGGGUCACCGUCUCCUUCACCGAGAGCACGUGGAUGGCGGCGGACCGGUUCCGCCCCAUCAACGUGGGGCUGAUGGCCCAGGCCAUGCCAAUGGAGAUGGACCCGGACAUGACUGAGAAGGAGAAGCUGCAGUACUUCAGGGACCUAGAGAGAGAAUACAAGAGGAAAAUAGACAGGGCCCGGCCGUGUUUGCUGCCGGCUUCGGUGCAGAGGGAGGUGGUGGAGAUGUUGAGAGAGAAUGGGAAAGUUAGUUCUAGAUUGUUGCAGAAGAUUUCUACCCGGGUUCUCAAGUGGUACCAAGAUGAGGGGUAUAUAGCAGCUAAUGUACUUAACUUUGGGAAUUUGAAUUCAAAGGAGGUUGUGUUGGAGAUUGUGGAAGGUGAUAUUACUCAGCUGGUUGUUCAGUUCAAGGAUAAGCUUGGCAAUGUUGUUGAAGGGAAGACUCAGGACCUUGUGAUCAAGAGAGAAAUUCCCAAACAGCUUCGACCAGGUAAUGUGUUUAACGUGGAAGCAGGAAAGCAAGCUCUGACGAACUUAAGCUCUCUGGGAUUGUUUUAUGACAUGGAAGUGUUACCUGUACCGGAUGAGAAGAAUGUAGGAGGGGUAGUUGUUGAAAUAAAUCUUAAAGAACAGGAACACAAGACAGCUGAUGUAACCACAGAAUGGAACAUUAUUCGUGGACAUGCAGGCUACCCCACUUUGACUUCAGUGAUACCUGGUGGAACUGUUACAUAUCAACAUCGGAAUAUCAACGGGUUAAAUAGGUCUCUUGUUGGUUCAUUAAGCACUAGCAACCUCUUCAACCCCCAGCUUCAGGAUGAUCUUGAUUUUAAGAUCGAGUAUGUGCAUCCAUAUCUAGAUGGUGUGGACAAUCCAAAUGAUCGUACUCUCCGCAUCAGCUGCUUUAACGGUCGAAAAUUGAGUCCAGUCUUCACAGCUGGGCCGGGAGAGGACGAAGUUCCCCCUGUAUUGGUUGAUCGAGCUGGCAUGAAGGCUAAUAUAACAGAGAAUUUGAGCCGUCAGAGCAAAUUCACUUAUGGACUUGUGAUGGAAAAGAUAACUACACGCGACGAACAAAACUAUAUAUGUUCAUAUGGCCGAAGAGUGUUGCCCAGUGGAGCUGUCAGUGAAGAUGGACCUCCAACAACUCUCAGCGGCACUGGCAUUGACCAUGUGGCAUUUUUACAGUCAAAUAUCACACGGGAUAACACCAAGUUUGUGAAUGGAACCUUAGUUGGUGAGAGGAAUGUGUUUCAGGUUGAGCAAGGCCUUGGCAUUGGCAGCAACUUUCCAUUCUUCAACCGCCACCAGUUAUCAUUAACAAGAUUUAUCCAGCUCAAGCGAGUGGAGGAAGGUGCCGGCAAAUCACCGCCGCCAGUACUUGUACUUCAUGGUCACUAUGGUGGCUGUGUGGGAGACCUUCCAAGUUAUGAGGCAUUUACACUCGGGGGUCCAUAUUCUGUAAGAGGUUACAACAUGGGUGAGAUAGGCGCCGCUAGACAAAUUCUUGAGGUUGCAGCUGAGCUACGUAUACCAAUCAAAGGUAAAAAUGUAUAUGCAUUCGUAGAACAUGGCAAUGAUCUUGGUAGUUCGAAGGAUCUCAAAGGUAACCCAACAGAGGUAUACAGGCGAGCGGGUCAUGGUUCAUCCUACGGUGUUGGUGUCAAGUUAGGUCAAGUAAGAGUGGAAUAUGUUGUGGAUCACAACUCCGGCACAGGCUCAACAUUCUUCCGAUUCGGUGACCGUUUUUGA